UCCAGGGGGCUGGUGUCAGGGACAGGUGAGGGUGGGAGGGGAAAGGACAGGUGUGACAGGCUGGGGAAGGAGGAGGAGAGAGCUGGGAGUGAGGGGGGAGAGCAGGCAGCUUCCUGCAGACAGAGCCCACCCAGACACCAGGGAGAUCAGAGGACAGACCCUGAGCCCCCCCAGUAAUCCCAGGGACAUCUGUCACCAUCAGCAGCCGUCGUUUGGUUGCGUCAGACGCCCUCCGACCAAGCUCGGGGAGCAGGAACCUACUGUGCUGAUCUGGGCCACCAAAAAACUGUGAGCGAAGACGAACAGACCAAAAGAACGAGGGAGCAAGGAGGACGAGGCUGACACCCCAGGUGACGAUGGCUAGCUCAGAAGACGAGCUGAUUGGGAUACCAUUCCCGGAACACAGCAGUGAUCUCUUGAGCAGCUUGAAUGAACAGCGGCAUCGUGGUGUACUGUGUGACAUCACUAUUAAGACACGGGGCCUCGAGUACCGCACCCACCGCGCAGUUCUAGCAGCUUGCAGCCAUUACUUCCGCAAACUCUUCACAGGCAUUCAUCCCGGAGCUCCUUUUCGGGACGUAUGUCAGCUGGACUUCCUAAAACCCGAUGCACUGGGGGCCUUGCUGGACUUUGCUUACACAGCCACCUUGACAAUCAGCAAUGCCAACAUGCGAGAUGUUCUGCAUGCUGCCCGCCUUUUGGAAAUCCCAUGUGUGGUAGACGCUUGUGUGGAAAUACUACAGUGUAAUGGGGACCGCGAGGUGUUGGGAGGAGAUGCCGAAGAUCUGGAAGGAUUUCUACGUGCCCGACAAUACUUAGAAUGUUUUAUGCUGCAGGAAAAUGGAGAAGACACCACUCCCCCACCGGAGACCAACUGCUCCCCACAUUCUCUUUCCACAGAUUUACCGCAGAAAUCAUUGCAGCUUAUUCCACGCCGCCGAAGAAAGAAGUUCUUGCAGGUGAAGCCCAGUAGCCGAAUGCCGAAUGGGAGUCCGUAUCGUAUGAUAGAAGAUAUAAAAGAAAGGGCAGUCAGCCCCCAAGAAGCUGCCUCACCUCAAGAGUUUCCUCCUCCUGAAAGCAAUCUCUCAUAUGAAAGGUACGCAACAGACAACCCACCAAUCUUCAUUCCACCCUCUCCUCCUGACGAGAUCCUGUCUGACGAGGAACCUUCGGAUGUGAGUUUUCUGCACCAGAUGGAUUCCGAGAACCUGGACCUGGCUGCUUCUUCCCUGGAUGGAUCUGAUAAGUUGGUACGGAAGAGGAGGUCACAGAUGCCCCAGGAGUGCCCUGUGUGCCACAAAAUAAUCCAUGGAGCAGGCAAAUUACCACGCCACAUGCGCACCCACACCGGGGAAAAACCGUUCGUGUGCCAGGUCUGCGGAGUAAGGUUUACCAGAAACGACAAGUUGAAGAUUCACAUGAGGAAGCACACAGGGGAGCGGCCGUACUGCUGUGAGCACUGUAGCGCUCGCUUCUUGCACAGCUACGAUCUAAAGAAUCACAUGCACCUCCACACAGGUGACCGCCCCUACGAGUGCUCGCUGUGUCACAAGGCAUUUGCCAAGGAAGACCAUCUGCAACGUCACAUGAAGGGGCAAAAUUGCCUAGAGGUUCGCACCCGUCGCAGACGCAAAGAGGAACCUCCUCAACAACUCCUACUCCCUGCCACUGGCCUCGACCUCUCCAAUGGGAAGAUUGAUGACCUGCGUCUCUCUAUGAUCCGCUACUUCGGCAUUCCGCGGGCUCACCCUGGGGAAAGGAGCCCGGAGCAGCCCCUGAUUUUGGAUGCCUCAUAGUCUUCAUCCAGGCAACCCUUGGUUCACACCCUGGAAAUGGGUGGAAGUUUGAGUGAUUUUUAGUCCAUUGCAGCACUUCUGCUAAAUCCCGCCACAGAAGUCUCCUCGACCUCCCCACUGCUCCCCAAAAUAUCUGUUGGGGGGCUCUUUUUCACCUAUUCCCCAGCCUGCAACUGUUGUGUGAGCAAUUCCACACUCCCUAUCAAACUCGUUACACCCUGGAACUGACUUUAAAGGUUUGGGGCCCCUCAUGGGCCUUGAAGGGGACUUUUGGAGGAAGGGGGACGGAGGGGCGUUUUUCCUAAGCCUCAGGGAUCAUUAAAUUCAGCCUCUCCCAGACGAGGCGUAUCUUUCCAAAUGCGCUACUCCUUACCUAGGAUAAGAUAUUGAUAAUUACUAUUUUUUAUUG